AUGGCCGGCGGGGGGCCGCGCCCGGCGGCGCUGCUCGGCGCCCUCGCCUGCCUCUGCCUCCUGGCCCGGGCCCCGGCCGCGGCCUCGGGCUUCAGGAAGAGGGGACCCAGCGUGACAGCCAAGGUCUUCUUUGAUGUGAAGAUUGGAGACAGAGAUGUUGGCAGAAUUGUAAUUGGAUUGUUUGGAAAAGUUGUCCCAAAGACAGUGGAGAACUUCAUUGUGCUGGCAACUGGAGAAAGAGGAUAUGGAUACAAAGGAAGUAAAUUUCAUCGUGUGAUCAAAGACUUCAUGAUUCAAGGAGGGGACUUUACUGUUGGAGAUGGAUCAGGAGGAAGGAGUAUCUAUGGAGAAAGAUUUCCAGAUGAGAACUUUAAACUCAAACACUAUGGAAUUGGAUGGGUUAGCAUGGCUAAUUCUGGCCCAGAUACUAACGGAUCCCAGUUCUUCAUCAGUGUGACAAAGCCUUCCUGGUUGGAUGGAAAACAUGUAGUAUUUGGUAAAGUCCUUGAUGGAAUGUCUGUGGUGCACUCGAUAGAGCUUCAGCAAACAGAUGAACAUGAUCGCCCCCUUCAAGACUGCGUGAUUGUGAACAGUGGCAAAAUAGCUGUAAAGGAACCAUUUGUAGUGGAAGUAGGUGACUGGUGAGGCUAAAAACCAGAAUAGGAAAUAAAAUGUAGUCAUUCUUCUUUCAGGCCUAAGUUUUGGACUGAUCUCAAUUAUCCAUUGACUUUUUUCCUCAAAACAUACGAGACUAUAUUUAGACAAUACUUAACAUCUGCCAAAUACAUAAAACUUGAAGUUCAUAUCCCACUAAAUCCUAGAACUUGCAGAAAAAUUCUUACCUGAAAAAUUUCAAAAUAUUUCUAUUUUUUCAAAGGUUUUGAAUUGAAGUCAUUUUGUUUUCUUUAGAAAUUUUACAAUAUCUGUUACUGCUAUUUUAUCUGAU